CCUUGUGGGCCGGGCAGCCAUUUUGGGAAGAGCUUUGUUAUGAUUGUAGGCUAGUCAUCUUUACCGGUCUGAGAAGCUGGAAACGGGUUCUCAGACGCCUUGUCUUGUUUUUGACUGGAACCCCGCCGCUGCCGGAUUGGUAGAUUCAAGUGGCCUUUUGAGUAAUGAUGGAGAUGGAUCCAAAUUAAUCAGCAACUUUUCUACCAAAGCAGCAGAAGAGUCUUCAUAUCACCUUCUAAAAGCUCUAUUCAGAUUUUCAGAAGGAGGCCAACAAGUGAAAUACUAAAAACUUUUUAAAGAGAAGACAAUCUCAUUUGGGAAUUGUCUUUCUCUUUGCCCCCCUAUCUUUUUACUUGUUUUAAUUUUGCUCUGAAUUUAUAGUGAAGACCAAAGAAAUAGGGUAUACAUUUAGGAGCUUUAUACCAAGAAAUUUGCCUUGAAAGUUACUAUUCUGUGGAAAGAAAAGCAUAUUCAGUUCCUGACUUUUUUUUUUUUUAAGUAAGAUUUCUAAUGUCCUUAGACUUUGAAGGUUAAGACUAUUGUAAAUACAUGUCUACACACUGUUUUUUAGCAGUUGUGUAAGAAUAAUGAGAUUUGUGUUUUAAAGGUGUUGUCUUGUGGAUUUGCCAGAAGAUUUUUAUACUGCUUUAAUACUGUAUUUUUCAUCUAUUGCUUUGAUGACAUUACUUGCCCACAUGGGAGGCUACCUGUCUUUCUAGCUAUGACCUUGUUAUGAACAGUGUUUGUACUCACUGUGCAAAUGUCCAUGUAUUACCGAUUUAAGCAUCAUCAUAGAGCCAUUGCUUAAGGAAGUUGAAUGAGGUGAACAUUGACAUAGCUCUUUCCCCUUUUCCCCUUUUUUAAAUGUAACAAAUACCUUUUAUGUUCCCCUUCCCCCUUCCCCUUUCCCUUUCCCCCUUUUGGAGAAGUGUCAGGAGCUAGGUAGUAUAGGAUAAGCAACUAAGGGAACGAAGAAAGUAAGCUACACAGAGCUGGGCUUCUUUGUGCAUCGUCAUAAGGCGUGCUGCUGACCAGGCUACUUAAGCACCCUUAUAACAAGAAAACCUCGUGGAAGAUCCAGCUGGCAUACUCAAGGAGUUUGGGAAACAGGACCGCAGAGGUUACACUCUGGGAUCCUGGCCAUGAGGUUGGUGGAUGCCUCACCUUGCUGAAAAGAGACACUGGACCUAAAUGGCGCAGCAUGACUUUGUUCCUGCUUGGCUAAGUUUCUCAACACCACAGUCAGCUAAGUCACCUACAGCCACCUUUGAAAAACACGGAGAGCACCUAUCCAGAGGAGAAGGUAGAUUUGGAGUAAGCCGCCGUCGACAUAAUUCUUCUGAUGGCUUUUUUAACAAUGGACCUCUACGGACUACAGGAGAUUCCUGGCACCAGCCCUCCCUGUUCCGCCAUGAUUCUGUGGACUCUGGGGUCUCUAAAGGAGCAUAUGCUGGAAUCACGGGAAUACCUAUUUGGCAUACCUCUUCCCGUGGCCAUGAUGGCAUGAGCCAACGUAGUGGAAGUGGCACAGGGAACCAUCGACCCUGGAAUGGCAGCUUCCACUCCAGGAAAAGCUGUUCCUUCCCAGAAAAGCCACCCACAGAGAUUAGAGAAGAAAAGAAAGAAGACAAGGUAGAAAGGUUGCAGUUUGAAGAGGAAGAUUUUCCUUCUUUGAAUCCAGAAGCUGGCAAACUGAAUCAGCUAUGCAGACCUAUUGGGACCCCUUCUGGAGUGUGGGAAAACCCACCUAGUGCCAAGCAACCCUCAAAGAUGCUAGUCAUCAAAAAAGUUUCCAAAGAAGAUCCUGCUGCCGCCUUCUCUGCUGCAUUCACCUCACCAGGAUCUCACCAUGCAAAUGGGAACAAAGCAUCAACCAUAGUCCCAAGUGUCUAUAAGAACCUGGUUCCUAAGCCUGUACCACCUCCUUCCAAGCCCAAUGCAUGGAAAGCUAACAGAGUGGAACACAAAUCAGGAUCCUUUUCCUCUAGCCGGGAGUCUGCUUUUACCAAUCCAAUCUCUGUUACCAAACCAGUGGUACUGACUGGUGGCACAGUUCUAAGCUCUCCCAAAGAGAGUCCCUCCAGCACUACCCCUCCAAUCGAGAUCAACUCCUCUCGUCUGACCAAGUUGACCCGUCGAACCAGUGACCGCAAGAGUGAGUUCCUGAAGACUCUGAAGGAUGGCCGCAAUGCAGACUUCUCAGAAAGCAGAGACUGUGAUAAGCUGGAGGAUUUGGAAGACAGCAGCACAUCCGAACCAAAGGAAAAUGGGGAAGAAAGUUGUCUUCAGAACGGUCUUUCUCUCCCCAUCGUGGAAGAAGGGGAGGCCCUCUCACACUCUCUGGAAGCAGAACACAGGUUAUUGAAAGCAAUGGGAUGGCAGGAAUAUCCUGAAAAUGAUGAAAGUUGUCUUCCUCUUACCGAGGAUGAACUCAAAGAGUUCCACAUGAAGACAGAGCAACUGAGAAGAAAUGGCUUUGGAAAGAAUGGCUUCUUGCAGAGCCGCAGUUCCAGCCUUUUCUUCCCUUGGAGAAGUGCUUGUAAGGCAGAAUUUGAGGACUCAGACACGGAAACAAGUAGCAGUGAAACAUCAGAUGACGAUGCCUGGAAGUAGGCAUAUAAAUGCUCACAGUUAAUCUGACCCAGUAAACUCAGCUUGUGUGGUUAGGGAAUACACAAAAGAAAUUGUUUUUUUCUUUUUCCUAUGUUGUUGAAUAUUUUGUGCACAAGGGAAAUAAUCAUAUCCCAAAGAGAAAGCAGUUAGCUUGCUUAGCUUUCGUUGUUGUUCUUCCCUGUUAUCUGCUUCAUAGAGAGAAGUUUGUGUGGUGGGAAAGAUUUAUAAAAGACAGACACACACAGUAGUAUGUAUGGGUGAUGCACAAGUAGGAACUGGCAGCACAGAGCUCAGCCACAGCUCAACUGCCAGCUAGCACUUGGUACUCACCCCUGUGCUCAAGCAAUCAUUGUCAAUGAAAAGUGACUAUUGAAGUUAUAAUUGUAUUAAAUUAAUGCUAAUAAUUUGGAUAUUUUAUUUUAUUUUUGGCUGCUCGGGUAACCUAGCCCUUAACCAAGCAUAUGUGGUUUUUUGUUUUUGUUUUGUUUUCCUUUUUUGGGUACAGCUGUAAAAUAUUUGGAUAUAGGAAAUGUUGUGUUAUUCUUGCAGCCUUGAUAUUCAGGGUGGAUUGUAAAAUAUAAAUUUUUGUGAGAUUUCAAAGAUUAAGAUUAUUUUGAUAACAUUAUUUACAGAUUUAAAAGGUGGUAUCACAAGUCUUGAGGGGGAAAACUACUGCAUAAAAUAACUAACUUGGAAUAAAUAUUUUGCAUCA